AUGGCUCUAGUCGGCACCUUCAACAUGACCCACCCACAGCCUGCCCUAGGAGGAGGAAUCUCCGAGGUUGAGAUCAUCUCCCAGCAAGUCGAUGAGGAGACCAAGAGCAUCGCACCCGUGCACUUGGUGAACCUGGCCGAUCGGGACCUGCCCCUGGCUGCCAUCGACCUCUCCACGGCCGGCUCGCAGCUCCUGUCAAACCUGGAUGAAGAUUACCAAAGAGAAGGGUCUAACUGGCUGAAGCCGUGCUGUGGGAAGCGAGCAGCCACGUGGCAGGUAUUUUUGCUCAGUGCGAGUCUCAACAGUUUCCUGGUAGCCUGUGUAAUAUUGGUGGUGAUUCUCCUGACCCUGGAACUGCUAAUAGAUGUAAAGCUUCUCCACUUUUCCAGCGCCUUCCAGUUCGCGGGCGCCAUUCACUGGAUCAGCCUCAUCAUCCUGUCCGUGUUCUUCUCCGAGACUGUCCUGCGGAUUGUGGUGCUUGGCAUCUGGGAUUACAUCGAGAACAAGAUCGAGGUGUUUGACGGGGCUGUGAUCAUCCUGUCCCUGGCCCCGAUGGUGGCGUCCACAGUGGCCAAUGGGCCCCGGAGCCCCUGGGACGCCAUCAGCCUCAUCAUCGUGCUCCGGGUGUGGCGCGUGAAGAGAGUCAUUGAUGCCUACGUGCUGCCGGUGAAGGUGGAGAUGGAGAUGGUCAUCCAGCAAUACGAGAAGGCCAAGGCCGUCCAGGACGAGCAGCUGGAAAGGCUGACGCAGAUCUGUCAGGAGCAGGGGUUUGAGAUCCGGCAGCUGCGCGCACACCUGGCGCAGCAAGACCUGGAUUUGGCCGCGGAGCGGGAGGCGGCGCUACAGGCCCCGCACGUGCUGCGCCAGCCACACAGCCGCUACAAGGUGGUGGAGGCCGGCGUGUGGGACGAGGAAACAGUGGCCGAGAGCGGCGUGGAGGAGUUGCGGCCCUCGCCAGAAGCGGCGGUGAAAGAUGGCAUGAACAGCUACAUCAGUCAGUACUACAACGGGCCCAGCAGCGACAGCGGCAUCCCCGAGCCAGCCGUGUGCGUGGUCACCACGGCCGCCAUCGAUAUCCACCAGCCCAAUGUCUCCUCAGACCUCUUCUCACUGGACGCGCCCCUGAAGCCAGGCACCAGCGGCACCUGCGCGAGUGCCACCUCAGAGAGUGCCUCCCGUUCUGCUUGCAGCUCUGUCACCAGGGCCCAGAGCGCCAGCAGCCAGACGCUGGGCUCCUCCACGGACUGCAGCAGCACAGCCCGUGAUGAGCAGUCCUCGGAGCCUGGCCCCUGUCCCCCGCCGCUGCCUCCACCCCCGCCACCCCAGCAGCAGCAGAGGGUGGUCCAGGACCUGCUGUCCUCCUUGUCGGAAAAGCCCUGCCCGUCCCAGGGGGCCUUGGACCUAGCCCCCAGGGCCCUGCCCAGCCCCUCCGGCUCAGCUCCCAGUAGCCCCGAGUUGGGACGCAACGUGUGUUUGUUCAACCAGAAGAACCAGGAGGUCUUACGGACCUUCCCAACCCUCCCAACCCAGCCGGUCAUCCGCUGCCUGCCCACUGCACCAGCACUGCAGGACAAGUGCAGGUUGUUGGAACCCCAGGAGCAGAAGCUGCACCGGGUGCCGGAGGCCUAG